AUGUCUUCUCAAUCACGCAUCAAGUUUGCCGUCGUUGGCGUUGGAUUGAUUGGACCUCGACAUGCCAAGACCGUCGUCGAGAGCAAGGAAGCAGAGCUGGUGGCUAUUGUUGACCUGAUGCCUGCUGGACAGACGCUGGCCCAAGAACUGGGCGUUGCCUACUUCAAGUCCGUGGCCGAGAUGCUGCAAUCCCCCAACACGCCAGAAGCAGCCAUCAUUUGCACGCCCAAUCACACUCAUGUCCCGUUGUCCAGGGAACUUUCCUCUGGAGGUGUUCACAUCUUGAUCGAAAAGCCCUUCUGCACCGAUAUACCCAGUGGCAAAGAAUUGUUGCAGCAUUUGAAGCAAUCUAGUGUCAAGGCUAUUGUUGGACACCAUCGACGAUUCAACCCUUACAUGGUGACUGCUAAACAGACAGUCUCCUCUGGAUCUCUGGGAAGAAUCAUCGCCAUCAACGGCAUCUGGGCAACAUACAAGCCCCUGGACUACUUUGACCCACCAGCAGAUUGGCGGAGACAACAAACCGGAGGCGUCGUUCUGAUCAAUCUCAUCCACGAGGUAGAUCUGCUUCAUUAUCUAUUCGGCCCAAUCACCCGCGUUCACGCCGAAAAGACAAUUUCUCAACGAGGGUUCGCAGCAGAAGAAGGCGCGGUUCUCACACUCCGCUUCAAGUCUGGUGCCGUGGGCAGCUUUCUCGUCUCUGACAAUCUCCCAUCGCCCUACAACUUCGAGUCCGGCACCGGAGAGAACCCUCUGAUACCCAAAUCCGGUCAGGAUUUCUACCGUGUUUUCGGAACCGAUGCGGCACUUAGUGUGCCAGACAUGACGACGUGGUCCUACGCGGGAACUCAGAAGUCAUGGAAUCAGGAGAUGGUUCAACAGAAAAUCCCAGUACCCGAAGGAAUCCCCUUUGAGCUGCAGCUGGAUCACUUUGUCAAGGUCAUUCGUGGUCAAGAGACGCCGAGUUGCACCCCAGAGGCUGGACUCGCCGCGCUUGUUGUCUGUCAGGCUAUCAAGGAAGCUCUCGAGGACAACAAGACUGUAGAUAUUGACUCGUUCGACUUUUGA